AUGUGCUUUGCGAAGGAAACCAAGUUGCUUUCAGGUACGCACAUUAAUCUACAAGAGAAUUCUGAGAAAGUUUCGACUACAGUGACUACUUCAGUCCCAAUGAAUUGCACAUUCGAUAUAAUAAAUCCAAUAGUUCCGUCCUUGUCUAGAAUCGAUGUGGUAAUAGGCGAGUGUUCUUUAACAAUUAAUGGGCCAGAUAGUACUUCAUUCAAUACAAUUGCCGUGAGAGAUUUUGUACGUGAUGGAAACACAAAUCUCACACUCAAAAUUCAGCCACGUGUCGGAUCCUGCAAUUUAAAUAUAAGCGAUCCAGUGACGUAUACCAUUGAGGUAUCGGUGGAAGAUUUCGAUGGAGGACGCUGUAAUGCUGCCAGUGAUCCACAUUAUAGGUCUUUUGAUGGAAGGUACUAUAACUGGUACCAAACCGGAACCAUUAUCGUGCACCAGAACCUUUACAGAGAUUUUGAGGUACAUGGCCGUGCGUGGAAUUGUUGGAGCGUCUCUUGCUUGUGUGGAGUCGUCAUCCGCGAGGGUGAUGAUGUCGCCAGUAUUGAUAUGUGUGACGGCCAGUUUAGUUACUCACCUCCGAAAGUUAAAAAACUCAGCCAUGUUACCUACAAUGAAGGAUUUAAAAUAUACAGAGAUAGCUCUGGGCGAAGAUUCACAGUCACCACACCAUCCGGAUCUUCAGUGACCGCUGUCGUUACAAGGUAUUGGAUCACGGCUAUCAUCACUGUUCCCAGUGAUGACUUCGGUAAUUCUAAUGGCUCUUGUGGAUAUUUUGACGGAAACUCUACUAACGACUUUUUGCUGCCUUCAGGAGAAACGUACAUGCCGACAAAUGUUUUUCAAAAUUAUCAGCCUUCUAAUUUCACUGAUUCAUGGAGCGAUAGUAGUUUUGAUAGUUUGUUCAAUCGAGACCUACCUUCUGUGCCAACAAUGACACCAUCCACCUACUGUAAGUGUAUGUCAGUCGGUACUGAUGAAGUGUGCUCGAGUGCAACUAUGGUUAAUAACGUGUAUGCCGUCUUCCGAUCUGGAUUGAUUGAUAUUACAGAUAAUGUUGCAUCAGGUGAAUCGUCCAGGAGACGCCGUUCCACAGGACAUCACAUUCAGAAACGUUCCGCAUUUGAACCAACCAGGACAAAUGUCACAAAUGAGACACUAGCAUGGCCAUCAAAUGGAAUUACAGAACAGAAUGCCACUGAUAAUUGUAACUCAACGCUGAUAAACUCCGAAAUCUAUGCAGCAUGCAAAGACCUCUUUGAAAACACAGAUGAUCUUCUAAACGAGUGUGUUGAAGACAUCCAGCUUACAGGUAGUUUUGAUAGCGUGAAUGAUAUACUGGAGAGAUUCCAGAGCCAGUGUGAGACGGCAGUAGUAAAUAAUUACAACACUUCAAGUGGAAAUUUUACGGACGAUGCCUUGGUGGUGCAGCUUGAAAGUCUAAACUGCCCUGGACAGUGCUCCGGUUAUGGUAACUGCACCAACGGCAUGUGUUCCUGCAAUGAUGGUUUUGAAGGAGAUGAUUGCAGUGUCAAUUCAAUGGUUUCUCCAGAACUAUUUAGCCUUAAUGAUGAAAAAACCUUACGGUGUGAUGUUAGAAAUGAUGCUUGUGAAAAUAUCUCAGCUAUUGGUGGCCCUUUUACUGAUAAUGGCAACCUCAAGUGUCAAUAUGCUGAAGAUGGUGACUCUACAAGUAUUUCUGUCUCAGCAUCUUUCGAGAACUUUCUUGAAAUAAAAUGCCAGUUUGGCGAGCUUGUUUCUACAAAUUAUGAUAAACAAAAAGUAAAUUCUAAAGCAUCGAUGUGGUUAAAUGUGCGAGUGAGUACCGGAGAAGGUGAUACGAGAAAAAGCACCGGACCAGGACUCACAUUUAUUGUCUAUGACCCAUCAUUGGCAUAG